CUCCAUCUCCUUCCAUAUCUAUUGUUCUCUCUCUCUUCAUGCCCGAACGCAUCGGGUCUCAAAAACCAUUGAUACAGACAUCGAUCCUUGUCAACUAGUACUGAUCUAUAAAUCUUAUAAAAAUCUGUAGAGAUAUGGCCGCCGCAGCCGUUUCCUCUAACCCUCGCACCGUUGAAGAGAUCUUCAAAGAUUAUUCCGCUCGUCGUGCCGCUCUUCUUCGUGCUCUCACUAAAGGUCUAAAUCCUCUCUCUCUCUCUUUCUCUAAAUUUCCCAGAUUUCUUCGUAAUGCCUUUGGAUUCGUCCUUUAACUUGUUCGUUUUUGUGAUUUUUUCCAGAUGUUGAUGAUUUUUACUCUCAAUGCGAUCCGGGUAUGAAAGAUUUCGACUUUUAGAUACCCUUUUAUGUGUUUUAUUGAGAUUUGAUUUCAAUUUUUGGGUGUUUGUGGUUAUAGAAAAGGAGAAUUUGUGUUUGUACGGACACCCUAAUGAGUCAUGGGAAGUGAAUCUACCAGCAGAGGAAGUGCCUCCGGAGCUACCUGAGCCUGCUCUUGGUAUCAAUUUCGCUAGAGAUGGUAUGCAGAGGAAAGAUUGGCUUUCUCUUGUUGCUGUUCACAGUGAUUGUUGGUUGCUCUCUGUUUCUUUCUACUUUGGAGCCCGUCUUAAUCGCAAUGAGAGGAAGCGGUUAUUCAGUCUGAUCAACGAUCUCCCAACUCUCUUCGAUGUAGUGACUGGUAGGAAAGCCAUGAAAGACAACAAGCCAAGCUCGGACUCAGGAAGCAAAUCCAGAAAUGGCACUAAGAGAUCAAUAGACGGGCAGACAAAGAGCUCAACACCGAAACUAAUGGAAGAGAGCUAUGAGGAGGAGGAAGAAGAAGACGAGCAUGGAGACACUCUCUGUGGAAGCUGUGGAGGUCAUUACACAAAUGAGGAGUUCUGGAUUUGCUGUGAUGUUUGUGAACGUUGGUACCAUGGAAAAUGCGUCAAGAUAACUCCGGCUAAAGCAGAGAGCAUCAAGCAGUAUAAAUGCCCGCCUUGCUGUGCAAAGAAAGGAAGACAGUGAUGCUGAUCAAUUGAUGAUGAUGAUGAUGAUGAUCUCUCAGAGAGACUCUGGUUCUCAUGUUUUAAUCAAUAUGUUAAUCAACUUUUUUUCUUUUCUUCUCUUUUUUUCUUUAACCUUCUUAAUUUUAAAGCAUACAAAACUCUCUCUUUAGAUCUCAAGAAAGGGAUUUCAAGAAGUUGAGGGAGAGAGUAGCAAACUGUUUGAAUAAUAUUAUUAUUAUUCAUAUUAAAAAAAAAAAAACUGGGUUGUGUCAUCAAUUGUGUUGUGUCAUGGGGUUUGUAUAUGUUAGACUUAGUCAAAUCUUUAAGCUUCGAACCGAAUUUUGAACAAAUAUGUUUUUAAUCU